AUGCAGUGGCUCCUUUCUUUGACUUUGAUAAUGGCUCUCUCCAGUACAGCUGGAGCACUUUUGUGUCAGACUUGCACAGAUGACGAUUGUACAAGCACAGUGCCACUAACAUGUGACACAGAGACAAUGUGUAUAACUGCUGCCAUUACAGCGGUUUCAUCUGGAACUCCUGGAACACAAAUCUUCAAAGCAUGUGCAUCGUCCUCCCUGUGUCCAGUCACAGGCUCCCAGACAUUUUCUGUUAAUUUGGGUGUUUCAAGUGCAAUUGCAUCUGCUACGUGCUGCGACUCAGAUAACUGCAACUCAGCCACUCUAUCUUUCCCCACUACUCCAUCACCCAACAGCUUACUGUGUUAUGUAUGUGACCCUGCCACCUCUCUAUGCACCACUUCAUUAACAUGUUAUGGAACAGAGGAUCGCUGCUUUCAAGCAAGCCGUGAGUCGUCUUCUUUUAUCUUUUACUCAUUGUUGACG